GAGGAUGUGGAGGACAGAGGACGUUCCUCUUCCGGGUCACCCACGGGAGGAGGAUAAUGGCGUCGGCGGAGCCUCUUGUGCUGCUCGGAGGGCGGAAGCGGCUCCUGGGAGUCACAACUCCACCCUGGUAAUACACCAGAAGACUCAUAUGGGAGAGACACCCUUUGCAUGUCCUGACUGUGGCAAAUGUUUCAGUAGGAAUUCCCACCUGGUGACACACAAGAGGACUCAUACCCUGGAGAAACCAUAUGAAUGUCCAGAGUGUGGGAAAAGUUUCAGAUGUAAUUCCAAACUGAUAUCACAUCAGACGAUUUACACGGGAGAGAAACCGUAUGAGUGUCGAGAGAGUGAGAAAUUUUUCAGUCAUAAUUCCACCCGGGUGACACACCAGAGAGAAACCGUAUGA